CCGCGCAAGCGCGUAGCCCGUCCCGGCUCUGGAGCAUAAACAAGAGUGGGGACGGGAUGAGGCGGCGGUUGGUCCCCACUCAGCAAGUGGCGGCGGGCGAGGGCGCAAGCCGGACUGGGCGCAGAUCUUGAGUGGAACACGCUCCCGCGGGCCGCCCGAGUUGCGCCGCGUGCGCUCCCGCGAAGGGGGUCCGAGCCCGUCGCGCGCGCGCAGCCAUGAACCUGGCGAGCCAGAGCGGAGAGGCCGGCGCCGGCCAGCUGUUGUUCGCCAACUUCAACCAGGAUAACACGUCCCUAGCGGUUGGUAGUAAGUCUGGGUAUAAGUUUUUCUCCCUUUCUUCUGUGGAUAAGCUGGAACAGAUCUAUGAAUGCACUGACACAGAAGAUGUGUGCAUCGUGGAGAGAUUGUUUUCAAGCAGCUUGGUAGCCAUCGUCAGCCUCAAAGCUCCCAGGAAACUGAAAGUUUGCCACUUUAAGAAGGGAACUGAAAUAUGCAACUACAGCUACUCCAACACGAUACUGGCUGUGAAGCUGAACAGGCAGAGGCUCAUUGUGUGUCUGGAGGAGUCACUGUAUAUACACAACAUCCGGGACAUGAAGGUACUUCAUACCAUCCGAGAGACACCCCCAAACCCUGCAGGCUUGUGUGCACUGUCAAUAAACAAUGACAACUGCUACUUGGCGUACCCAGGGAGUGCGACCAUCGGAGAGGUGCAGGUCUUCGACACCAUUAACUUGAGAGCUGCAAACAUGAUCCCGGCUCAUGACAGUCCCUUAGCAGCCCUGGCUUUUGACGCAAGUGGGACCAAGCUUGCCACUGCUUCUGAGAAGGGGACUGUGAUCAGGGUAUUUUCCAUUCCAGAGGGACAAAAGCUGUUCGAGUUCCGGAGAGGAGUGAAGAGGUGUGUGAGCAUCUGCUCCCUGGCCUUCAGCAUGGACAGCAUGUUUCUCUCCGCAUCCAGCAACACCGAAACUGUGCAUAUCUUCAAACUUGAGGCCGUGAGGGAAAAACCUCCAGAAGAGCCCACCACCUGGACCGGCUACUUCGGGAAGGUGCUCAUGGCAUCUACCAGCUACCUGCCCUCUCAAGUGACAGAAAUGUUCAACCAGGGCAGAGCCUUUGCCACUGUCCGCCUACCAUUCUGUGGCCAUAAAAACAUCUGCUCAUUAACCACAAUUCAGAAGAUCCCACGGUUGCUGGUGGGAGCAUCAGAUGGCUAUUUAUACAUGUACAACCUGGACCCCCAGGAAGGUGGCGAGUGUGCCCUGAUGCGUCAGCACAGGCUCGAUGGCAGUAUGGAGACGACCAGCGAAAUUGUAGACUCUGCCUCUCACGACUGCCCCUUAGUAACACAGACGUAUGGCGCAGCAGCUGCCAAAGGUGCCUAUGUGCCCUCCUCCCCAACGAGGCUUGGUAAAGGGCAGGACACCAACUUAGAAGCCUACACAGAUGACCUGGGUGCCGUGGGGGGCACUUGCCUGGAGGAUGAAGCCAGCGCCCUGCGCUUGGAUGAAGACAGCGAACAUCCUCCCAUGAUUCUCCGGACUGACUGAUCCUGACCUGUGAACUCUGGCCCAGGAGCAGAGGACACUGGCCUGGCAGAGGACUUGUGCAUUGCUGCUAUGAACUUUGACCUGAAUUGAGGGAGAGGAUGGCAGAGACUUUAAAGCAAAGAGAUUGUAGUUCUAGUUUAUCCAUACUGUCGAGAAAAUACACUGUUUUCACUUCAGUGACUUUAAUCCUGCUUAUGAAUUUUAGCUUUUUAUUUUCUCUCACUCUUUAUUUUUUUUAUUUUUUUUUCUUGCCAAAAUUAACUGGUGAAGUCUGUGGCGUCUCCUUGCUUUGCAUGCGUGAUGUGCCAAGCCAGCAUAGGAGAGCCACCCCAUAGCAAAGCAGAGCGGUCAGGUCUCAUGGCAGGGCAUGAAUGAAGACGGCUCUGUGUGCAGAGGUCCUGCAGGGGCAGGGCCCAGCCACCCACUGAGACAGCCCCUCCUGGACCAUUUUCCUCCAAUUUAUAUUCUCUUUCCAGAUUGAAUCAUUCUGGAACUAGCUUUCUUUCUCCAUGGGGGACUGUUGUGUGGGGUCUUGUUCUCCAUGGGGAUCUUGAGGGAGAGGCAGUUUCUGCUCUGCACCUUCUUUUCUGGCAAUGUGCCCGGGCAGCCUGGAGCCAAGGAAGGCAAUCUCAUUUGUGUCAUUAAAUGCUCUGUCUCCUACUGUCCCCGUCCGCUAACUGUGGCUUGGUUUGUUGUUUUAAAGGAGAGUGUAGCUACUCCCGUGCCCAAAAAAGCACAAAGGUUUAAGAUGCUGCGUCAGCCGCCAGGCGUCAGUCUGCGCCUGGAGCUGUGCUGUCUGCCAGGGGCUCCCCUCUCUUCCCUCCCCAAAGUUAGCAGCAACAGGUAGAGAGGCCCCAGGGAGACAGUGGGUCCUCCCCCGACCCCCACCCCAGUGAUGUGCCUUUUCUUUCUCGGUCUAUAAGCGUGCAGGAAUGUGAUGUCAGGUUCCAGGUCUGCCCUCACUUCUGUUUGCUUUUUACUUUUUGGUGGCUUUGGGGGAAGUACAGAUUCACAUUACAUCCAGGGCUGCCCUAGAACUCAAUAUAUAGCCAGCACUGGCCUCAAAUUUAGAGCGGUCCCCCACCUCAACUUCCUGAGAGCUGGGAUCACAGGUACCACUGUGCCUAGCUCCUUUCUCAGCUCUACGGAAUGAAAAGUUCAGGUCUCAAAUCUGCAUUCUAAAUGGACCGUAGCAGUUACAAAGUUAUGAGUUAAGAAGUUAUGGGCUGUUACUUCUUCAUAAACGUGGCUUUAGGUGCAAGCAGGGAAUGAAGAGGAUGAUAUCGGAGUUCCAGGUUCUGCCAGCCUCGUCAGGCUUCUAGACAGGAGCAGCUGUAGUAGCGGUCUUUAGUUUAGCCUGGGUAAGUCUGGUAAUGUUUCUGCAGAGUGCAGUGGCUAGACAGACCUGCUGGUGUCUCCUGCUCUUGCUGUUCCCAGGGUGGCUAAUCACAUGGGUGGGGCACAAAGGCUGUCCACAGCUAGAUCUGACUGCUGGCAGGGCUGGGACUGGGGGUGCUGAACUUUAAGCUGUGCGUGGAACCCCAGCCUACCACAGUGGGUUGCUUCUCUAGGACAAUAAAACAGGUCUUUGCAGGACCAAGCACAACCAGGGAGUGCCGGCUAGAAGAGCCUGGGAAGCAAGCACACAGGGUUGACUGGGAGCUGGGGCUUCCUGGAACCAAAGAGCGAUGUCUGGAAUCAAGUGUGACUUACGUGCUGACUCUGGACUUGAACGCUGUGGGUUGGGGCCCAGCUCCACCUGCUGAGAUUUCUUCUCUCAGAAGUUAAUAUUCCAGACACGUGGAAUUCAUUUCUCCCUUUUGGCCCUCAGGCCUGAGGGCGGGUGUGGACAGGGGCAAGAGGAGCUCUCCGAGUCAGGACUCACCACUGGCAGAGCCAAUUGAGGGACUGAGUCAACUACAAUACACACCCAAGUGAUUGCUCACCACCAGGCCUCACACAGAUGGCCAUUUUUAAAUUUUCCAAAAUUAAGAGAAAAUUUUGGAAUCAGGUGUGGUACACACCUGUAAUCCCAGCAGUCAGGAGAGGAGGCAGGAGAAAUGCUGUGAGUUUGAAGCCAACCUAAACUAUACAGUGUGGGCAAGCCUGGCCUAAGGAAUGAGAACCUGUCUCCAAAAAAACCAAAGGAUGACGACUUUAAACAAAAAAAAUAAAAACACUGGGGAAUGAGAGUUUAAAAUCCCCCAAGUUUUUAAGAUUUGUAUGGAUUGGGACCAAAGCUUUUGUAUUUUCCAAAACAAUGAAAGCAAAAGUUGGAGCCCCUUGUCCUCCCUACACUAAUGUGAGCUGGGGCAGCUCGGGGGCCUUGGACUGGACUGUACAAGAAGAACCCUACCUCACAGGGCUGUUGUGAGGUGGGAGGGGAGCCCCAGCACUGGGCCUGGCCAGCAGUGGACCCCAAUAAACACUAAAACUGAAAUGUCUCACGGAGUAAAGUGCAUGGUUUUUGUUCUGCUCUUCUCUGCCUACAAAGCUAGGUGGGAGACCGAAAGACAGUUUCGUGUUUGAGGAUGUGUGUGGAUGUCUGCCCUGGCCUGUCCUGCUCCUUAGCAUAAAGGGGGCGAAGUAUAGUUAUCUUCCCUGGGGGUUGGUGGUGUGAAGACCACACACACGCGCGCACUGGGCAUCAAGCGAAUGAUGCAUUGCAGGGGCCCAGGGUUGCCUCCCCCGGCAACAAAUGCCCUGCCCAAUCAGGUAGCACCCCUCCACCUGGAGCUGCCCCAUUCUGCCCCUCUUGUGGACCCUGGAGCUUCGAGGCUGCAUCGGGUGCCGAGUCGGGCUUAGUAACUUCAUUCUCAGUCUCUUGGAGCCAAGACUUGACAGCAGGUGGGCUGCUUGGGAAAGACUAGAUAUUUUGGUCACAGCCCAGCUGAGAUGAGAAAUAUAUUCCUCGCUCAGCUCCACUCUCCGUGGUUCUUUUUGUUUCGUCUUUUAGAUGCUCUUACAGUUUAGCCCAGGCUGUGUUCACUCAGGAUCACCCUGCCUCUGCCUCCCGUGUUCUGGGGUUACAGGCACAAGCCAGCACAUCCAACUGAUUCAGUCAUACUUUUUUAUCAUGGUGUUGACAUCAAGAUGCAUGGUCCUACUGUCCCCUCCCUUGGUCUUUGUAGUACCUGCCCUCUGCAUGCUGGGAAUGGCCAGAUCACUUGUUCCUGUCGCGUGGUGUCCCAGGUGUGAGGAGGACUGGCCCAGGUCGGUGGUGGCCUGUGUGGGAAGUCUCCUGGAGGGUGAAGUUCGUUGGAAAUGCACACUGAUGGCUGCUUGCCAAGCACAUGGGUUUUUCUGUUUCGGUUCUUGCCCCUUGGCAUCUGGUACCAUUUACAGUCUGUGGGUUUUGAGAAGCACAAGGGACAGAAAAGGAACAACUAACUGCUCUGGAUUUAGAGACAUG